AACAGCAAUCAUGAGUGUCGUGGUUCAGGUGAGAUUCAGAGCAAAUAUCAGCAGUAACAGUGUGAAGAUCAGUCAGAAUAUGAUGCUGAUUCAACACUCGUCCAUCAUGCAGUGAUAUAGUGUCAGUCAAAUAAACACUCAGCCAAUCAGAUCAGAGGAAGUGAACAAACACAGGAAGAGCUGAUAGUAUUUAAAGAAAGAGUUGUGAGCAUAUAAUGAAGAGGAAGACUGACAGAAAGAGAAAAUGGCUGAUAAGUGUCAUUUGUGUCUGCUGGGACUGAUCAUUCUCUCUUCACUUCUCACAGGUACCAGUGGAGUGGAUGUGACUGAUGUGUUCAUCAGUUCUGGUGAAAAUGUCCGUCUGCCCUGUAAUAAUCAUCUUCAUGACUGCACAUCAACUAGAUGGAUCUGUAACAGAUUCAGUCAUUCAGUAACAGAUGAACUGAUUCGUGAUGGAAUAAAGAAGAAAGACAUCGAGAGUCAUGAGAGACUGAGUCUGGGGUCUGACUGCUCUCUGAACAUCAAGAACAUCAUAAAAGAAGAUCAUGGACUUUACAGCUGCCAACAAUGGACACGUGUGAAUGGACCAAGACUGAGACCAGAUGCAAGUGUUUAUCUGCAUGUUCUUCAUGUCUCUUCAUCAUCCUCACAGACUGAAAUCAGUGCAGGCAGCUCUGUGACUCUCUCCUGUCAGUUGUAUCCAUAUUCAUAUUCAUUUUCUGGAAUCUCUUGUGAUGAUUGGAUCCGUUCUGCAGAAAUGCAGCUGUUCUGGGUGAAUCAGGCUGGUGUUAAACUGACAAUAUCAGACUCCAGAUAUGAGAUAUCAGCUCCAGGACACUGUAUCAUCACUCUGACUACAACACUCCUGAAUGAAGAUGACAACAGAGAGUGGAGAUGUGAAGUUACUCACAGAAAUCAAGUCAAGACCUCAGUCACAUAUACUGUCAAGAGUUCAGCUCAAGAUAAAACAACAACAGCAGUAACUUCUACACGAGGUACAGUUAUUGAGUCAGUUACAACAUCUUUCAACUAUGAGUCAAACAUGAGGCGACAGCCUGACAUUCACAGUUCCCCCGGUGAACAGCAGCCCAUCACGACUCAGAUUACAGAGAACAGUUGA